CCCCGCAAUUAAUGGUCAACACAGCUAACUUAUAAGCAUUUUCUUUCACAUGGCUUCUUCUGACAACUCCAUAAAGAUCCAUGAGCACUGCCUCCUUCCUCCUCAUCCCUCGGCAACUGCAACCUAUGAAACAUUGACAAUGGCAACCCCUUUAUCUCUCCCUCUAAUCUUUUUUGAACCUUCUCAUUUAGAUCUUUGUUCUUUCUUUUAACCUUCUCAUUUGGAUGUUUAUUCCGCCUAAGAAGAGAACCAAAAAAUCCAACCGAAUCCUGGACAAAUGGGUGGCCAAAAAUAAAUCCUAUAAUCUAAAUUGUUGUCAUUCUAUAUUUUUGAGUGAAUUGUUUUUUUUCACCCACUUUGAGUAAAAGGCUUACGAGUCACACGGGACCUUAUGCAACUUUUACUCAGGAUACAACAGCAUCUGGCUACUGCCCACAGUGUUUCACGCAACAAACAGAUUGAUAAGUACUUACUGUGUUAAGUCUUUGGUUUUCGCAUGGCUUCUUCCGACAAGUCCAUCAAGAUCCAUGAGCACUGCCUCGUUCCUCCUCCCUCUGCAGCUGCAACCCCUUUCUCUGUCCCUCUAACCUUCUUUGACCUUCAUUGGCUAAGGUUUCAUCCAGUUGAGCGCAUCUUCUUCUACUCUCUUCCUCUUCCUCACUCCGACCAUUCUUCUUUCUUUGACAAAGUGGUUCCAAAGCUCAAAACCUCAUUGUCUCAUACCCUCCAACACUUUCUCCCUUUAGCCGGCAACAUCGUUUGGCCUUCUGAUUCACCCAAACCCAUCAUCCAAUUCAACCCUGGUGAUGGUGUUUCGUUGGUCCUAGCACAGUGUGAUGAUGCACUAUUCAAUCACAUGUUGGACAAUUCACCCCGUGGCGCCACAGAAUCUCACACUUUGGUACCCCACUUGGAGUCAUCAGAUUCUCUUGCCUCAGUUAUGUCCUUGCAGAUAACGCUGUUUCCAAACAAGGGCUUUUGCAUAGCCAUAAGCUCUCACCAUGCUGUUCUUGAUGGAAAAUCUUCAACCAUGUUCAUCAAGGCUUGGGCAUAUGCAUGUAAAUCCGGUGAAGAGGAAUCACCACCAUCUUUGGUUCCGGAAUAUUUAGAGCCUUUAUUUGAUAGAGAUAUCAUCAAAGAUCCAACAGGUCUUGAAAGUGUGUUCAUAAAUAACUGGACACAAAUCGCAUCUCAAAUGAACCCUUCUCACACCAGCAACGGGCGAAGCUUAAAGACUGUGCCACAACCAAUCAAGGAAAACUCAGUUCGAGCCACGUUCGAGCUCGCACGAGGAGAUUUGGAGAAGAUAAAGAAAAGGGUGUUAUCCAAGUGGGAGUUAGUGGAGGAAUUAGCAGAACCAGUUUUAGCUUCUUCAAAGCCAACUACUUUGUCUACCUUUGUCACUACCUUAGCAUAUGUGUCUGUCUGCAUUGCUAAAGCCAUUCAUGAAGCCCAAAAUGUACAGAAGUUCGUUCUUGGGUUCACUGUUGAUUACAGGGCUCGGUUAGAACCUCCAAUCCCUGAGAACUACUUUGGCAAUUGCGUGGCUUCUCAUAUGGUGGAUACACAGCCACAUGACUUCAUAAAAGAUGAUGGGGUGGCCAUUGUUGCUAAGAGGAUUUGGAGUAAAAUAAAAACGUUAGAUAAGGGAGCUCUAAAUGGACUGGAUACAAUUUUCUCUAGGUUUAUGACUAUGAGAAGUGAGGGAACUAUGGCAAUUGGAGUUGCGGGGUCGAACCGAUUUGGUGUUUAUGAAACUGAUUUUGGUUGGGGAAGGCCUUCCAAGGUGGAGAUAACAUCCAUAGAUAGAGGUUUAAACAUUGGCUUGGCAGAGAGCAAGGAUGGGAGAGGUGGUGUUGAAGUGGGGCUUGCUCUAAACAAACAUGUGAUGGAUCUCUUUCAUACUAUUUUUCAUGCAGGAUUAAGUUUUGACUAAGGGAGCUAUAUGUGUUAAUUAUUUGCUUUUGGACUGCAUUAUGUGGCUCUUUUAUCUUUAUCUUCUAUUGUUUUAGUUUCUGUUUUAGUCAAUAGGUGGUUCCUACACUUUAGGAGCAAAGGAGCAAGUUAGGUUGUUAUCCACAUAUUGUUAAAAUCUUGGUAAUGUGAUAGUUUUUUGUUUUAUUUGAAUUAUUACAAAUGUACUGCUGCUAAUGAAUAAAAUUUAUCAUUCCAUUCCUUCUUCAA